AUGAAAAGAUUUUUAAACUCAACAAACCUACACCUUCAAGUUCACUUUGUGCUGUUAUCUUCGCCCAUUCUUCCCAUUUCUACCACUUGCCUGAGCAUCACCAUGUCCCCACGUAGCGCAUCAGGCUGGCCGGAAUGGGAGGAGAAGAAUCUUCUCUCUUGGCUGGAUGCCCAUCAGGAGCUGUCAUGGAAAGCCCGCUCCGACGCAUAUUACGAACAACAUCGCGUGGCCCGAAGCACCGAGUCUCUACGGGGGAAGAAGUACCACAUUCUGCGAAAGUGCCGUCGCACUGGCGCCAGAGCCUCUGAUCGUUCAGUGGAUCAAAAACAAUCAAAAGCAGUUCGUGGCUCGGUCGACCGUAAGGCUUCAUUGGCGGCUCUCCCAAACGAGAUUCCCUUCAAGAGUAACAUUGACAAAUGGUUUGAAACAAUCCUCGCGGCCGAGGCUAGCCAGACCGAUAGCAAUGGAUCAAGUCAAACAGAAAGCUCCAGACUAGGUCGCGCGACGCGAGUAUCAAUCCCGUGUUGGCCUAAAGAAGCUCGAUCGUCAUCUUCAAUGUGGGACUAUGUGCAUCGUGUUUGUGCAGCCAGGAAGCUUGAAUAG